AUGUUGCGUCAAGUCUCGCGGACUCGUGUGGCUGUAGGCGCCAUUGCUCAGUCCCGACGUACGUUUAGCGUGCCUCCCAAGGCUCCUCACGUACCUGGUACAGUACAGCCCAUUGGUGCCAAGUCACCGAGUAAAAUUGACCUCGUGACGAGUGCAGCAGACGCUACCAAGUCGACGUCUGCUGCGGCUGCUAUGGACUCGAAUACAGGCUCAUUUCUACCGAAAUUGCUAUUAUUGGGACUAUUGUCGACACCUGCAGCAACGGCUUUGUAUGUGAAGCAAAAUCCAGAGUGGAAUCCGACGACGUUGAAGGAUGAUACACGUUGGAUUAAAUUUCGCGAGUUGGUGCUGGGAGAAGAAGGAGGAGGCGAAGGAGGAGAAGGGGGAGGAGAAGGAGAAGAGGAGGAGAAGGUGAGGAAGGAGGAGAAAGAGAAGAAGGAGAAAAAGAUAGAGAAAAAGGAGAAAAAGGAGGAGAAAGACGAGGAGAAGGAGAAGAAGGAAAAGAAAGAGAAAAAGAAAAAGAAGAAGGAGAAGGGUGACCUGGAGGCUGAUGAAGUGGAGAAAAAGGAAAAGAAGAAGGAGAAAAAGGAAAAGAAAGAGAAAAAGAAGGAGAAGGGUGACCUGGAGGCUGAUGAAAGGGACAAGAAGCUGAAAAAGGCUGAGAAGAAGGCCGAAAAGGUGGCGAAGAAAGCGGAAAAAGCGGAAAAGAAGGCUGCUCAGCUUAAGGAGGAGGUCGAGGCAAAAAAGCCUGUGGCCAAAAUUGAGGAUGGACAACUCGCUGCCACGACUGCUGUCGAGAAGAAGGUGGACGAGGCCACGGUCAAGGCUCGUGAAAAGAUUGCUGAGCUGGCUGGUGAGGCCAGCCCGGAACACAUGACCCACCAAAUGGAUAAGCAGAUCCAGGCCACAACCAACGACCUAGUCAGCUCGUUGAAGGCCGAGUCGGAUGCUGAGGCUAUCGAAAUGGACAAGCAGUACCUGUCGGGGAUCAAUGAACUUGACGCAAAUGCGCUUGCUAUUCGCGUCACACAGUUGGCGACAGAGAUGAAGCACCGCUCAAAAUGGGAGGCUGUGCGUCUAAUGGAGUCGCUUCGCCACAUGGAGGAGGACGCCCGAAAGAAGAGCGCCGAAGUGCUGCGCCGCCAGGAUGAGCUGCACAAGGAACUGCUCGCGCGUGAGUUACGUCUACAGCAAGAGCUGCUUUCCCGCCAGGCGCGCGAAGAGAUGGCUGCGCUUAAAAAGCAGUAUGCUGACGAUCUGGCGCGCAAUGUGAACCAACAGCGUGCAAGCUUGCUGUCAGAGGUGCAACGUACUUUUGCCCGUGAGAGCAAGGUGAUCGAGGAUCGUUACACGCAGCAACUUGAGAAGGCGAAGGAGGAGAUGCAGAAGACGUUGGCAGAUGAGCGUGAGAAGCGAGUGCAGCAGCUUGAGAACUACCGCGCCGAGCUGCGUGCCCUUGGCACGGUUCUUGACAAUUCGUCGACUUACGAGGCGUUCAGCCACCGCGUGCACAAGGCAUCCAUGGCAGCGCUGGCACUCUCGGACCGCAUAGAGGCUGCGGCCCCGCUGCGUAGCGAGAUCCGUGCAUUGCGUGAGGCGGCGAGAAACGACUCGUUCAUCCAGGCGGCCGUCAAGUCGCUGCCGCAGGACGUAAUUGAGCAGGGUGCGCCAUCUGUGGGCCAGCUUCAGGAACGCUUUAAGGUGGUCAAGUCUGUCGGCCACCGUGCUGCUUUGGUGCCGGAAAAGAGCGGAAUCAUUGGUCAGGCUUUUGGCACCGCGUUGUCACUGCUAAUGAUCCCGCCUGGAGGCCCAAUUGAGGGCACGGACACUGAUGCUAUUUUAUCUCGUGCCGAAUUCGCUGUGAAAGCGGGUGACAUCGAAAAGGCCAUCGCGGAGAUGAAGGGUUUGUCAGGUCUCCCUGCUCAGGUUUCUCAGGACUGGAUCUCUGCUGCGGAGUCUCGGUUGGCAGUCGAGCAGACGGCCAAGGUGAUUAAGGCGCACGUGGCAUUGCUGGCAGCAAGCUGCUCUUAA